GUACUUGUGCUUCGCUUCGGGGACGGACUGACGGGGAACGUUCACCACGAGGAGGGAAAGAGAAAACACAUAAAAUCAUCAUUCAAAUCUAUUAGAUUGUCAAAAUAACACAACAUCUGGACAGAUGAUGACUUAAACCAGGGGGGGAUUCAAAUCACCAACAAUGGCCAAUACAGGUAGGUUCUGCGCCAGUCUGGAGCAGCCCAAGGCCCUGAUGAAGAUGGGCCUGAGUAUGGUGCUUGUAGGACACGUCAACUUCCUACUGGGGGCGCUAGUCCACGGGGCUGUGCUGCGACACAUCAACCUGAACACACGAGCCCACACCAUGGCGUACUCCAUAUCUAAUAUAAUGGCACUCACUACUGGACUAGUGGGUGUUGUUGUAGGAAUGCUGGCCAUCCUCCUGUGUAAAAACAAGAAGAGCAGAGUGCGGACAUGGUCGUUGUUCGUGGUCAGCAUGUUUGGUAGUCUCCUGGCCACAGCGUCUGCGAUUGGCCUCACCGUUUCUGUGGUGAGGGUCACAGUUAAUGGUGGGCGGACCCUCCUGACUCAAUGCCGGUUCCCCAAAGCUAUUGGCUACGCCAGCAUCACUAACGAGUGCCCUUUCGACCACACACGCGUUUAUAGCAUGACACUGAUCCUGUGGGUUCCUCUGAUCGUGAUCUGUAUUGUCCAGCUGGUUUUGUCAGUGCGGUGUUUCUCUGUGUGUGUUUCUUUCCUGGGUCUACCCUGCUUCCCUCGCAAGAUCAGGCUCAGGGACCAUGGUAGAACGAUAAAUGCAGUAGCACCCGCAGAGCCGCCCUCUCUCACUAGCUCAGUACCCGGUCAUCCCCUUCAUAUACACCUUCUUCAGUCGGACCCGCCUCAUCUCAAGUCCCAGCGGCAGCCUCUUCCUCCUCCUCCUCUUCAUCACUCGUGCCCGUCUCAUCUCAAGUCCCAGCGGCAGCUUCUUCCUCCUCCUCCUCCUCUUCAUCACUCGAACCCGUCUCAUCUCAAGUCCCAGCGGCAGCCUCUUCGUCCUCAGCAUCAGAAUCAGAGAGGAAGUUCAGACAGGUGGUCUGACGGGGGGCAGCUGGUUCCCCCAGAGGAACAUGAGCUGUUGGAACAAGGUUUCUGGAUAUAAUGAUGAUGACGAUGAACACCCAGAUACGGCUCCAUACCCCGUCUAUAUAAUCCUUAACCCAGAUACGGCUCCAUACCCCAUCUAUAUAAUCCAUACCCUGUCUAUAUAAUCCCUAACCCAGGUACUGCUCCAUACCCCGUCUAUAUAAUCCCUAACCCAGAUACGGCUCUAUACCCUGUCUAUAUAAUCCCUAACCCAGAUACUGCUCUAUACCCUGUCUAUAUAAUCCCUAACCCAGAUACGGCUCCAUACCCCGUCUAUAUAAUCCCUAACCCAGAUACGGCUCUAUACCCCGUCUAUAUAAUCCCUAACCCAGAUACGGCUCCAUACCUCGUCUAUAUAAUCCCUAACCCAGAUACGGCUCCAUACCCCGUCUAUAUAAUCCCUAACCCAGAUACGGCUCUAUACCCCGUCUAUAUAAUCCCUAACCCAGAUACGGCUCUAUACCCCGUCUAUAUAAUCCCUAACCCAGAUACGGCUCCAUACCCCGUCUAUAUAAUCCCUAACCAAGAUACGGCUCUAUACCCCGUCUAUAUAAUCCCUAACCCAGAUACGGCUCCAUACCCCGUCUAUAUAAUCCCUAACCCAGAUACGGCUCCAUACCCCGUCUAUAUAAUCCCUAACCCAGAUACGGCUCUAUACCCCGUCUAUAUAAUCCCUAACCCAGAUACGGCUCUAUACCCCGUCUAUAUAAUCCCUAACCCAGAUAUGCCUCUAUACCCCGUCUAUAUAAUCCCUAACCCAGGUACUGCUCCAUACCCCGUCUAUAUAAUCCCUAACCCAGAUACGGCUCCAUACCCCGUCUAUAUAAUCCCUAACCCAGAUAAGGCUCCAUACCCCGUCUAUAUAAUCCCUAACCCAGAUACGGCUCCAUACCCCGUCUAUAUAAUCCCUAACCCAGAUACGGCUCUAUACCCCAUCUAUAUAAUCCCUAACCCAGAUACGGCUCUAUACCCCGUCUAUAUAAUCCCUAACCCAGAUACGGCUCUAUACCCCAUCUAUAUAAUCCCUAACCCAGAUACGGCUCUAUACCCCGUCUAUAUAAUCCCUAACCCAGAUACGGCUCCAUACCCCGUCUAUAUAAUCCCUAACCCAGAUACGGCUCCAUACCCCGUCUAUAUAAUCCCUAACCCAGAUACUGCUCUAUACCCUGUCUAUAUAAUCCCUAACCCAGAUACGGCUCCAUACCCCGUCUAUAUAAUCCCUAACCCAGAUAUGGCUCUAUACCCCGUCUAUAUAAUCCCUAACCCAGGUACUGCUCCAUACCCCGUCUAUAUAAGGCUCUAUACCCAGUCUUCUCCCAUUUUUCAAACCAUUGGCCCAACCCACAAGGUGUAUAAACAACAAUAAAUAAGAAUAAAACAGGAUAGAAACAAAACAAAA